AUGUGUCGAGGCCAAUGUUAUGACGGUGCAAGCAACAUGCUAGGAAAUACGUCAGGGGUUGCAGAGAGAAUUUUAAACAUACAACCAAAAGCGUACGCUACUCAUUGUCAUGGCCACUCCCUCAGUUUAARCGUAAAGGAUGCAGUCAAGAGGUGUAAGCUUCUGGAAGAUACGAUGRAUACUGCYMAGGAAAUUGUAACACUCAUUAAGUAUUCUCCGAAACGAGAAACACUGCUUGGCAAUAUUAAAGAUAACUUAGAUGAAGAGGAUGGGCAAURUGCAGGUGGACUUCUUAAACUAUGCCCAACCAGAUGGACAGUGAGAGCGUCUUGCUUUCAAAGAAUAUUAGKCAAUUACGAAGCUUUGCUUGAGACRUGGGGGAUUUCUCUUGAAAAUCGACUUGAUUCUGAUGUAAGAGCUCGUAUUAUUGGCUGUGACACGCAAAUGAAGAAAUUCGAUUUCUUUUUUGGUCUAACCUUAAGUCAACGGCUCUUUGCUCAUACAKRCAACUUGUUCAAGACUUUGCAAACAUCUUUCAGCUACAUCAGGACAGCACUUGGCGAGUCUGACUGUGGAAACMCUUCAAACUAUGAGGAAUGA